AGUGCCGCUCCUCCCGAGGGACGCAACAGGAGCCAGGAGCUGGCGGACUCCGAAGCCGAAACAAAGCCCGGGCGCUUCGCUCGCCUCCCGCUUUCUUUUCCUCCCGCUGCGUCUUUCCGACCCCUCGGCGGCUUCUUCUGAGGACUUUUUCCUGCCUUGUGGUGGCCACUCAGCUACCCCGAGAGUUCAUUAGGGCUUUCUUUCCCAGAGAAAAUGUCAACUUCUGCCAUGGAACCCCAGUCCCUUGAUGAGAGAGGAAGUUUUUUUAAGCUAAUUGACACAAUUGCUUCAGAAAUCGGAGAACUGAAACAGGAGAUGGUACACACAGAUCUGGCACUGGACGCUGGACGCACCAGUUUACCAAGCCUAGAGAAAGAUAUGGGUGAUGUGUGCCCGGAUCAGAAAGAUUUUGCAAAUAUCAUACGAGAUUCUGGAUAUGAUAGUCUCCCCAUUAAGCUCAGCAUACUAGAUAAACUUCUUCAUACCCACCCUAUCUGGUUACAGCUUGGCUUAAAUGAUGCUGAAGCAGUGGAAAUUCUACGCUCUCAACCUCCCGGAACUUUCCUUGUUAGAAAGUCCUCAAGAAUGCAGAAGAAAGUCUUGUCUUUACGCCUACCAAAUGAUGUAAAGGGAUUUUGCCUUAAAGAGUUUGCAAUAAAAGAAAGCAUCUAUACUUUUUCCUUGGAAGGCUCUGGAAUAAGUUUUGCUGACUUAUUCAGGCUCAUAGCUUUCUACUGUAUUAGCAGGGAUGUCCUGCCAUUCACCUUGAAGUUACCUCAGGCAAUUGCAGCAGCAACAACAGAGUCUGAACUUGAAGAGGCUGUUCAGCUGGGAUUGAAUUUUUGGAGCUCUCCAGCUAACAACAAACUGCAAAAAUCUUCGCCCCUCCAGAAGCCUCUGCCUUCAGACAGCAUUUACAAAAGCUCCCAGCAACUCUGCCUCAUAAAUGGAGUUCAUUCUAUAAGAACUAGAACGCCUUCAGAGCUGGAAUGCAGCCAGACCAACGGAGCCCUGUGUUUUAUUAAUCCUCUCUUCUUGAAAGUGCACAGCCAGGAUGAUGGUGGAAAUCUGAAAAGAUCAGGUCCAAAAGCACAAGAUGUGAAUGGCCCUGAGAGAUCCUGUUCUCCCCCACCCAGGCCUCCCCCACCUUCUAUUCAUAGCCUUCUUGCACACCCUCAGCUGUCCAGGACUACAAACCAGGCCAGUCUGCCAGGAACUGUCAGUCACAGCAAACACUCCAACUUGGACGUGAUACAGAAGAGGCCAGCUCCUAUCCCACCGCCUCGCCUGAAGAAAAGGGCUCUCUCUUUAGCACAGAGCAAUGCAAAGAACUCAGCAGUAAAUGAACCCAGCCAUAAUUUGGUGGAUGGCACAGAAACUGCCAGCAUUCCAGGUGGAGCCCCGCCUCAGCAGAACUUGAAGAGCAAAAGCAGCUUAGCUAUACACCGUGAGUCACAAGUGCAGUGGAAUGGAGGCAGGCAAAGACUAAGCAACAUGAGCUUGUCCACAUCCUCCUCUGAUUCUCUGGAUUUUGACCGGAGCAUGCCGCUCUUUGCCUAUGAUGCGGAUACCAACAGCAGCCUGGAGGAGUUUGAGGGGGAGAGCGACCAGGAGAGCAUGGCACCACCCUUUAAGCCCAAGAAAAAAAGGAAUGGCUCGUUUGUGCUUCCCAAAAUCGUCAAAUCCCAGCUGAGGAAAAUGAGUGGCGUCUUCAGUUCCUUCAUGACCCCUGAGAAAAGGAUGGUUAAGAAAAUAGCAGAAAUGUCUCGAGACAAGCGUACCUAUUUUGGUUGCCUAGUUCAGGACUAUAUAAGCUUUCUGCAGGAGAACAAGGAGUGUCAUGUUUCCAGCACAGACAUGCUUCAAACUAUUCGGCAGUUCAUGACCCAAGUGAAGAGCUAUUUAUCUCAGAGUUCUGAACUGGAUCCUCCCAUUGAAUCUCUGAUUCCGGAAGACCAAAUAGAUGUGGUAUUAGAGAAGGCCAUGCAUAAAUGCAUCUUGAAACCCCUCAAGGACCACAUCGAAAUGAUGUUGAAAGAAUUCCACACAGCUGAUGGCUCAUGGAAACAGUUGAAAGAAAAUCUUCAACUUGUCCGACAGCGAAAUCCUCAGGAGCUGGGUGUUUUCGUCCCAACACCAGAUUUUGUAGAUGUUGAAAAGAUUAAAGUCAAAUUCAUGGCAAUGCAGAAAAUGUAUUCUCCUGAAAAGAAAGUUAUGUUGCUACUAAGAGUAUGCAAACUGAUUUACACUGCGAUGGAAAACAAUUCAGGGAGAAUGUAUGGGGCUGAUGACUUUUUGCCAGUGCUGACCUAUGUUGUGGCUCAGUGUGAUAUGCUGGAGUUAGAUGCUGAAAUUGAGUACAUGAUGGAACUGCUGGACCCAUCCUUGCUGCAUGGAGAAGGAGGCUACUAUUUGACAAGUGCAUAUGGAGCACUGUCCUUAAUUAAGAAUUUCCAAGAAGAGCAAGCGGCCAGGCUGUUGUGUUCAGAGGCCAGAAAUACUCUCAGGCAGUGGCAUAAGCGGAGAACAACAAACAGAACAAUCCCAUCUGUUGAUGAUUUUCAGAACUACCUACGAGUUGCAUUCCAGGAAAUCAACAGUGGCUGCACAGGAAAAACAUUGCUAGUGAGGCCAUAUAUUACUACAGAAGAUGUGUGUCAGCUCUGUGCUGAGAAGUUUAAAGUGGAUAAUCCUGAGAACUUUAGCCUGUUUCUUUUUAUUGAUGACACUUGGCAACAACUGACAGAAGAUACCUAUCCCCAAAAAAUCAAAGCUGAACUGCACAGUCGGCCACAGCCUCAGGUCUUCCAUUUUGUGUAUAAACGCAUCAACAGUGAUCCUUAUGGGGCAAUAUUCCAGAAUGACAACCGUGACCAAAAUACAUAA